UAAACAAUGUUUUACAAGUUCACAUGCAAUUUUCAUGUUAAAAGUAUUAAAUGUUGAUCAAAUGUAAAUAGUAUAUAAUAUAUAUGUAUGUAUAUUAUGUUUCUAUACUGAUGCAGGUUUGUUUGUAAUUAUAGUGUCAGAAAGUGACUUUGUUAAAACCAGUUAAUUUAUAAAAUGGCAACAAGUUCUCAGUCUUCAGUUGAGCUGGGUUCGCAUGAAGUGAAGGACUAUAUUUGUAAUGCCUGUGAAGACCAGAAUAAUGUUGCGACAAGUGCUGAUUUCUAUUGUAAACAGUGUGAACGGUUUUAUUGUGGAACCUGUAUUGAUCCACAUGGUAAAGCCUUGGCUAAACAUACUACAUUUGGAAGGGUCGAAAUAGAUAAAUGGCCAGUUUCAAAAAAGGUGGUGGAUUUUCUACAAACUUGUGAUGUUCAUAAGGACCAUAAAAUUGACCAAUUAUGCAACCUGCACAAACAGCUGUGCUGCCCUCAGUGUAUAUGUGAUCAACACAGCCAGUGCAGUAAAGUGACUCCAAUUAAUGCGCUGACAAACACGCAGCCCACAGACCUACAGGGACUGUCAGUUGAGCUCGAAACUGUUCUGGGUGAAAUCAAAAGCCUUCAGAUCAGUCAGGAGGCCAGCGUUGAGUCAUUGCAGAAAACAUACAAGGAACAUUAUAUACUAAGGGCAGAUAUGAUCGAACAAAUGCUUGGCAAUGUAAACACUAAUUUGGAUAAGUGUGGAUAUAAUUGUUCGCGCACAUCAGGAAAAAUUGAGCAAUAUUUAAAAGAUGACAUGUGUAGGAGUGUUCUUUCUAUCUUGAAUGAAUUUGACAAUAUUACUUUGAAGGAACUAAAUGAGAUGAAAGAUGAAGUUAUAAGCAUUAAAGGGUCAGUUACAAGUUCUAUUCAUAAAUGCACCAGUCUUCACAGUGACUUGUUACAAUUACUUGAAAUCGUUCAGAAAAUUGGAGAUAAUAAGGAGCUCUGUCUUAUAGCCAGCAUAAAAUGUAAACAUAUCAUACAGCAGGCAUUGACUCUGCUUGGAAAGUCAGGCAAGGUGUUUAAGGUCCAGAGGAAGUCUGAGCACAAUGUGAGAAUAACAAGUGAUUCAAACACAUGCUGGAUCCCAGCUAUAUGUGCUCUCCCAGAUGGGCAGGUCCUGGUUGCAGACUACAAUAAUAAUAAAGUCAAGCUGCUGAACCAGCAUUACCAGGUGGUGAGUCACUGGGAUGUGAAUGCUAGGCCACUUGACAUUUGUUUGAUCACACCCAGUGAGGUUGCAGUGGCUGUGAAUAAUGGCAACAUACAUGAGGUCCAGUUUAUCACUGUCAACCAGGGAAAGCUUGUUUCUGGCAGGAAGUUUCAGUUACAACAUGAAUGUAGAGGUAUUGGCCAUCACCAAGCAGACCUUUUUGUCACCUCUGGUCAAGAACUGUACAAAUACACACUGAGUGGCAAACUGAUCUGCAGACUCUAUGAAGAUAGGUCAUUAAAAUAUACAGUAUGUCAGUGUGCUGUGAGUCCCACAGGUGACAGGCUGUACAUCACCAGCUACCGGCCGCAGAACAAGCUUCUCACCCUGGCCAGGGAUGGCACACUCCUGGCUACAUACACAGACCCAGCACUAGAGGGCCCACGUGGUCUACAUGUGACCCCUGCAGGCCAGGUGCUGGUCUGUGUAGCCUGGUCCGACACUGUACUACAGGUGGGCUGGGAGGGAGAGAGUAAGCUGGCUAAUCUUGCUACUCAGGAGGAUGGAGUGAGGUACCCAGAGUCAGUCUGCUACAGCAGCACCACAUCAUCCAUCAUUGUGGGACAGAGGUGGGAGGACACCAUCCUGGUGUUCAGAGUGGAAUAGUGUGUACAUUCGCUUCUUAGUCAGGACAAGGUUGCUGAGGAUGUGGUGGACAAGAAUGACCUGAAUACACAGAAGGUGCUUGACCAAAUACAAGAGGCCGUCCCAUCAAUCAGUCGUCAAAGUCAGUUGAGAUGGACCAGAACAAGGCAGAAACUCAGCAACAUUUUACUCACUGUGAGCAUGAGCAUUGUUAUUGAGUUGACCGGGCAACGGCACAAGUCGGACUCCCAGGAGCCUCAGUGCAGGACAACCCUUCCCCUUUCCUGAUCCCUAACUCCUCCCCUUUGACCUCCUGCUUCAAAGCUUCAUUGAACAAUACCGGUCUGCUGGAAUAUCUGAGCAUGUUGAGUUUUUACAAGAUGUUCUCAACAACUGCAAUUUCCCUGUUGAUCGAUCCACACUCCUGCCUAAGUAGUUUGUUAAGCUCCAGUGCCGGAGGUGGGUCAAGUAUUUCAGACACGCGGAGUUAUAGCAGUAGUUAUGGUAACACCAACAGUCACUGAUUGUGGACUUCACAACGAAUAGUACGAAGAAUAAAAAGUUAACUUUUUCCAUGCUUUGUUGGACUAACAGAGCAACACAUGGAAUAAUGGUAGAAAAUCUAGAAACAGUUAAAGAGUUAAAGAUCGAAGCAUAAGCUAUCCACGGGGUCUACUUCUGAUUUCAAUAGUAGUAGCAUUAUGGACCAUUCUGGUUUGUCCUCUUAUGCAUCCAAAAUGUUCAAAGUGAACGUGCUUUUUACGCAGUUGCUGACAAAAAAAACUUUGUAUGAACACUCAUAGCACGAUGAAUACAUCGGGUGUGGUUCAGACGCAAAUUCUUCCCAACAACAUUAACACGGUGCUUAAGGUGUACCCAUCAAUGUUUGUUACGAGCACUUCACACUCCAAGACAAAACAGCCUCGCAUUGAGCUGACACUAGAUGAAGCGUUGAAAAAUGACAGCAGUUUUGUUGUAUGCCUUUUGACUCCAACCCAACAUUAGGUAGAACUCAAACUCGGCCCUUAGCAAUCACAGCGAGGCCAGCAUGUCAUCUCACCUUCUUGAGCCUCAGUCAUUGGACGGCCUGUCAUGCGAACGAAUUCAAGAGUUCAAAGCAAAUAUUAUUAGCCAACAAUACAAACAUCGUUAAAGUAAAUGUCGAUGGAAAUCGGCGGCAACCCCUUCUUUAACAAAUACUACAACUCGCUCAAGAAAUUAAGUACGAAGACGUAUUGCAGCAGCCUAGCACACCACAUCUUCUCCAAUGUUGGCUACAUCAACACUUCGAACUGCAGAGCCUUGAAGAGCACCAUCAUCGAUAUUGAUUUGGCGCAGCAACAGCACCAGUCCAGCCCGCAUGAGCCUCAGUCAAGGACGAACCUUCCCCUCCACCUGACCCUAGCAGCCUCAGUCCACGACGACCCUUCCACUCGACCUGACCCUAGCGCCUCCACCUUGACCUACGGCCUCAAAAGAUUACAUUAUUAUCCAAGAAGAAGAACAUUGUUGAAGUAAAUGUUGAAAACAGUCCAACCCCCCUUCUCACACAAAUACUACAAGUCGCUCGAGACAUUCAGCACGCCACCUAUGAACAUCUCGCACAAAAACAACAAGUCGUUCAAGAAAUUCAGCACGCCACCUAUGAACAUCUCCCACAAAUACUACAAGUCGCUCAAGAUUCAGCACGCCACCUAUGAACAUCUCCUACAAAUACUACAAGUCGCUCAAGAAAUUCAGCACGCCACCUAUGAACAUCUCCUACAAAUAAUACAAGUCGUUCAAGAAAUUCAGCACGCCACCUAUGAACAUCUCCAACAAAUACUACAAGUCGCUCAAGAAAUUCAGCACGCCACCUAUGAACAUCUCCCACAAAUACUACAAGUCGUUCAAGAAUUUCAGCACGCCACCUAUGAACAUCUCCCACAAAUACUACAAGUUGCUCAAGAAAUUCAGCACGCCACGUAUGAACAUCUCGCACAAAUGCUACAUGUUGUUUAAAAAUUUGGCAGGCCACGUAUGAACAUCUCCCAGAAAUACUACAAGUCGUUCAAGAUUCAGCACGCCACCUAUGAACAUCUCCCACAAAUACUACAAGUCGCUCAAGAUUCAGCACGCCACCUAUGAACAUCUCCUACAAAUACUACAAGUCGCUCAAGAAAUUCAGCACGCCACCUAUGAACAUCUCCCACAAAUACUACAAGUCGUUCAAGAAAUUCAGCACGCCACCUAUGAACAUCUCCAACAAAUACUACAAGUCGCUCAAGAAAUUCAGCACGCCACCUAUAAACAUCUCCCACAAAUACUACAAGUCGUUCAAGAAUUUCAGCACGCCACCUAUGAACAUCUCCCACAAAUACUACAAGUUGCUCAAGAAAUUCAGCACGCCACGUAUGAACAUCUCGCACAAAUACUACAAGUUGUUUAAAAAUUUGGCAGGCCACGUAUGAACAUCUCCCAGAAAUACUACAAGUCGUUCAAGAUUCAGCACGCCACCUAUGAACAUCUCGCACAAAUACUACAAGUCGCUCAAGAAAUUCAGCAUGCCACCUAUGAACAUCUCCCACAAAUACUACAAGUCGCUCAAGAAAUUCAGCACGCCACCUAUAAACAUCUCCCACAAAUACUACAAGUCGCUCAAGAAAUUCAGCACGCCACCUAUGAACAUCUCCCACAAAUACUACAAGUCGCUCAAGAAAUUCAGCACGCCACCUAUAAACAUCUCCCACAAAUACUACAAGUCGCUCAAGAAAUUCAGCACGCCACCUAUGAACAUCUUCCAAUACUACAAGUCGCUCAAGAAAUUCAGCAUGCCACCUAUGACCAUCUCGCACAAAUACUACAUGUCGGUCAAGAAAUUCUGCACGCCAC